GCUUUCCAUACCUCUCUCUUGCACACUCACACCUCUCUUAUCCUUCAUCACCCCGUGUCCUUUUCUGAACUCCAUUCCAUAUUGCCUCGUUCACCCCCUCGACUCCUCCUUCUGUCCUAUUCUCUCUCCCAGGGCUGCUGGUCAAGGUCUGGUCUGGAUUGGUGUCUCCACAGUUUCUCCAGUUUCCGUCCCAUCCUCAUGAUGGACCUUUCGAUGCUGCCACUUUGAUUGACCGGCUCCCAAUGGGUUCACUCGGCAGCUUCCUCUUUGUAUAUCUCCUCGGCGGGCUGACAUUUAUUCCACUAACCCUGUCUUUGAUUCUUCUCCAUGCCUAUUUAACUCUUCCGUCCCCUUCCCCAGCUGAGCAAACAUGCGAUCUGGCGAAAGACCCCCUUCGAUGUCCUGAUGACGACCAAUAUAGUCUGAAGUCCGGCACGGAUGAGCUAGCAGAGAAAUUUCACCGUACGCACGAGUCUGAUGUUGCGGCAGGCUACUUUGCUGUAUGUCGCGAAUAUGUCCCUGGUGGAGUCAAUGGAAAGCCACCCGAGAGAACCACGCCGGCGGGUGAGGUGAUCGCCGCGGAAAGCCCGAGCGUCUAUCAGACGAUGUAUAGAAGCCUGUUUGACCGGAAGCAAACGCCAACUAUCGAACCUUCUAAAAACAACGGGAAAAGCGGCAAAAAGGCACGAAAUGUAUUUUAUAUUGUCCUCCGACACGGCCAUUUGAUGCUUUACGAUGAUGCCAACCAGGUUGAGGUGCGAUAUGUCAUCUCCCUUGCGCACCAUGAUGUGAAUAUCUGUGGUGGGGAAGGGGAAAUACAGGAAGGCGAGCUGUGGCUGAAGAGAAAUGCUAUCUGUCUUUCGCGACGACUGGAGUCUCUUGCUGAUUUAGGGGGGCCGACGCCUCCCUUCUUUCUAUUCUCGGAAAACCUGUCUGAGAAAGAAGACUUCUAUUUUGCUAUGCUCCAGAACCAAUCCAGGAUGUGGAACUUCCCCGACGCCCCUCCUAAGCAUCAACCUUUCGAUGUUAAGCAUAUCGUCACCCUUGUCCAACGCUUGCAUUCAUCUGAAGAACAGUUGCAGACGCGGUGGAUUAAUGCGGUCCUUGGGCGACUGUUUCUUGCAAUGUACAAGACACCAGAGAUGGAGGAAUUUGUCAGAAAAAAGAUUACGAAGAAAAUCUCUCGGGUUAACAAACCGAACUUCAUCAGUAAAAUUGGUCUCCAAAAGAUUGACAUGGGAGAAGGGGCACCCUUCAUCAUCAACCCGAGGUUGAAGGAUCUGACUGUUGAUGGGAACUGUUGCGUAGAGACUGACGUUCAAUACAACGGCAACUUUCGAGUGGAGAUCUCCGCUACCGUGCGCAUCGACCUUGGACCUCGUUUCAAGGCUAGAGAAGUAGACAUCGUCCUGGCCGUGGUUCUGAAAAAGCUGGAAGGCCAUUUGUUGAUACGGUUUAAGCCUCCUCCGAGCAAUCGAGCCUGGAUCUCCUUCGAAACGAUGCCGAGCAUGGAUAUGGACAUCGAACCAAUUGUUAGCUCGAAGCAGAUUACCUACGGUAUUAUCCUACGUACCAUUGAAAGUCGAAUCAGGGAGGUGGUUGCAGAAAGCAUUGUUCAACCCUUCUGGGAUGAUAUUCCCUUUUUAGACACCUUCGCACAACGUUUCCGUGGAGGAAUCUGGCAACGAGAAAUCCCGAUACCGGACAAUAAAAUCGACAUUCCAGACGAGUCCGGGGCCCAGCCUCAGUCAUCAGGUGGGGAGAAGGGAGAUUCGGUCGAGGUACUUAAAGCAAAGGAUGAGCGCACGAUGAGCGCGCCUGUGCUCUCUGAGUCUACGCCUAUCACGGUGAAAUCACAGAAGGGGUCCAAAACACACCCCGGGGAAAUUGAAAGGAACAAUUCAAGUUCAUCGUCUUCUGCUAUUAACAAAUUCGGCAGCUCACCACCGCGAGCCAUUCAGUCUCAGACUUUCUCAAACGCUGCUGAUCCCGUGCUUACAGCUGACAAUGCGAAUAUCGAAAAAGUUGCGCAUGAUGGUAAAGACACAGAAAAGAGCAGUGCUACCAGUGCUAUGAUCGAAAUAUCGAGCCGCUCCCCUCCCGGAUCACCUAAUAGAUCGCCAGGUGGCUCACUGCCCACUGACAGUCAUAUACCCCAAGCAAGCGCAUCUCAGAGUCGAAAUCCGUCUAUAGUAGAGUCUAUCGAAAGUGUUGGGGUAUUCAGCACCGACUCUUCUAUCCCCCACUCUGCUGUGCACAAAAUGAGCAGUUCCUCUCUUCGGAGCAUGGCUGCGAGUUCCACCACCUCACUGACUAGUAACCAAGCCAAACGACGGAGCACCCUCGAGACUCUAACGCGCUCGAUGACCUCUUCCACUAGCGCCGAAAAGUCUCAAGUUUCCCUCACACUGGGCACGGCAACGUCUGUUGCAAAGAAAUGGGGCUGGAACAUGUUUGGAAAGGGAGAGCAGAACAUUAGUCAGGAGACGUCUCGACCUGCUGGUACACCCGAGGAACCGAUAGGUCGUGGGCAUCCUCUUCCUCCGCCAGGGACCCCAUUGCCGCGCCCCGAAAUGUUCUCUUUCAAGAGAAGCUCCGUUCCUGUAACGAAACGAAAGCCUGUCCCGCCCAAUGCAUCUCCCGAGCAGCUGCCCAAAGGAGAUAGUAAGCGGCGUGUUUCCAAGCCGCCUUUGCCUAGAAGAAAGCCCAUUUUUAACCCAGAAGACUCGGAGAACCUCCCUGAUGAGUUGCUGGUGGUCGAAGCCCCUUAUGACUCGGGCCCCAAUAGCCCCGUUGUCGAUGUUGCGCCCAACAAUGCAUUGCUCGGACCCAGUACACGGCGAGACUCGUCUAUGACCGAAAUGGAGAUAGAAAAGUCUAGCGAUCUCUGGGGUAAAGCGAAUGGACAUCAGACAAAAUAUGAAAAUCUCGGGACCGAGGACUCCGAGGCUGACAAGCACGGCAUGGCAAUCUUAUCAGCGACUGAUGGCAUUAUUCCGUAACAGGCAACGAAGAGGUCUGGUGAUGCGGCCACACCUACCGAGUAGAGCUGGGAGUUGAGGUGGACGGGUAGAGAUAUCCAACCUACCUGUGAGCCUUCGUGUCUAUCUUUUCGUCUUGAUCUUGUUCUUGUCCUUCUUCAUUUUACUUUACGACAUGGUCCCCGCUAUCCUGUGUAUACCCUCUCGCCCGUGAUAUGAUCUGAGCCACUUUUAUCCGAUGGAGUUAUAAGGAGCGAUGUUCGAUUUUGCAUUCAAUCAUAGUUUGGUGUUUACUUAGACUGGCAUGGACAUACGGUGAAAUUUAUUUUUGAAAGAAACAAAACGAUUAACAGAAAAGACGCUGCCUAAAGUAGAGAGUUAGGCAUCCUAAAAGUGGUUGUAUACCAUUUCCACUAGAAGACCCUAGAUGUAUG